AUGGCGACACUGAUGCGCCUGGCCUUAGGUUCCCCUUUUUCUUGUCCCGCAGAUGUGCCCUUCCGUGCCGGGAGCCAUGGCGCUGGCCUGCUCUAUCCUGACCAUAUCCCCACUUCCCUACUACAGAAGGUGCUACUGACAGCCGGUUCUGCUGGAAUGGCGCUUUACAACCCAUACCGCCAUGACAUGGUUGCAGUUCUAGGAGAGACCACCGGACACCGCGCCCUGGAGGCCCUCAGGGACCAGAUGAGAAGGGAUCCAGAGGGUGCCCAGAUUCUGCAGGAGCGUCCCCGGAUCUCACUGUCCACCCUUGACCUGAACAAGCUGGAGAGCCUGCCUGAGGGCUCCUUUGGCCGCGAGUAUCUCCGUUUCCUGGAUAUGAAUAGUGUCUCCCCAGAUACCCGAGCACCCACCCGCUUCGUGGACGAUGAGGAGCUAGCAUAUGUGAUCCAGCGGUACCGGGAAGUGCAUGACAUGGUCCACACACUCCUGGGGAUGCCCACCAACAUCCUGGGGGAGAUCGUGGUGAAAUGGUUUGAGGCAGUCCAGACUGGCCUGCCCAUGUGCAUCCUAGGUGCGCUUUUUGGACCAAUCCGACUCAGUGCCAAAAACCUGAAAGUGCUAGUCUCUGAGCUGAUUCCAUGGGCAGUUCAGAAUGGGCACAGAGCCCCAUGUGUCCUCAACCUGUACUACGAGCGGCGUUGGGAGCAGCCCCUGAGGGCUCUGCAGGAGGAGCUGGGCAUCACCCCCAUGGACCUGAAAGGCUUGGAGUGA